CUAGCGACUUCCGGGAAUCCAGCGUGUGCUGAAGUCACACGUGCGAUAGUUCACAGCAGAGCGCGAGAGCCACACAUGCACUCCGUCAACUUAACUCAAUUAAAGGUACAGUUUCUCUGUGUGUCCUAGAGAAGACCAGAAUAAGCGCAAGAGCGUGUUUUUCUUCAACGAGCAUCUUUGUAGGUGUCAGUCAUGGGCAGGAAGCUGGACCCCACCAUCAAGGUGAAGAGAGGACCUGGACGCAAGGCCAGAAAACAGAAGGGAGCAGAAACUGAGCUGUCCAAGUUUUUAGUUGAUGAUGAUGGGCCAAAAAAACUUUCAAGCAGAUCAAGAAAACGAGCUGUAAAAAGAGCUCAAGUGACUAAAGAACCCAAACAAGAGGAAAAGCCUAAAAAAGGAUUCACAGAUGAGAAUAGUAAAUGGCUAAAACCAGUGCCGAGGAAGCGAAAGAUUGAACAAUCUGAAGAAGAUGAGGACAGUGACAGCCAAUGGGAAGAAGAUGAUGAUGAAGAGGGCUUUGAUAAAAAGGAAAUGGAGGAGGAGGAGGAGGAGGAUGAUGAUAUGGUUGAUGACUAUGGUGCUGAUGAAGGGGAUGAACAAGACAGUGAUGGAGAAGAGCUUCUGCCAAUUGAGAGAGCUGCAAGAAAACAGAAAAAACAGACCAGCAAGAAACCAGAGAGUGACGAUGAUGAUGAUGACGAUGAUGAUGAAGAAAAGGAUGAUUUAAAGGAAGAUGGGGAGGAGGAAGAGGAUACUGUACAGGCAAAUAUUGAUGAAACCGAACAAUUCAAACUCCCAGGUGCAGCGGAGCGAGCGAAGGAGGGUCUUUUAGCGAUGGACCUACAGACCAUCCAUCAGAGGAUCAGAGAUAAUGUGGAUGUGCUGUCUCACUUCAGUGAGAAGAGAGAAGAGGGUAAAGAGAGAUCGGAGUAUCUCUCUCUGCUGCGCUCUGACCUCUGCACCUACUACAGCUACAACGAGUUCCUCAUCAGCAAACUCAUGGACCUUUUCCCCGUCUCUGAGCUGAUUGAUUUUCUUGAGGCCAAUGAAAUCCAGAGGCCAGUCACCAUCAGAACCAACACCCUGAAGACCAGGAGGAGAGACUUGGCUCAGGCUCUGAUUAACAGAGGAGUGAACCUGGAUCCAUUGGGGAAAUGGUCCAAAGUGGGGCUGGUUAUCUAUGACUCUUCUGUUCCCAUUGGAGCAACUCCAGAAUAUUUGUCAGGCCAGUACAUGUUACAAGGUGCAUCAUCGUUUCUGCCUGUAAUGGCGCUUUCUCCCCAGGAGGGGGAAUCAGUGCUGGACAUGAGCGCCGCUCCAGGAGGAAAGACCACUUAUAUGGCUCAGCUCAUGAGGAACACGGGCAUGAUUGUGGCUAAUGACGCAAAUGCAGACAGACUGAAGAGCGUCGUGGGAAACAUCCAUCGUCUCGGUGUCACUAACGCUGUCAUCUGCAACUAUGACGGCAGACAGUUCCCCAAGGUGAUGGGAGGUUUCGACCGAGUGCUUUUAGAUGCUCCUUGUUCGGGGACAGGGGUGAUCUCCAAAGAUCCAGGAGUAAAAACUGGCAAAGACGAGGCUGAUAUUCUUCGCUCGGCUCACCUGCAGAAGGAGCUCAUCCUGUCUGCUAUUGACUCCGUCAAUGCUGAUUCUCCAACUGGUGGAUACCUUGUUUACUGCACAUGCUCUAUUAUGGUAGAGGAGAACGAGUGGGUGGUGGACUAUGCUUUAAAGAAGAGAAAUGUAAAGCUGGUCCCCACUGGACUAGACUUUGGCAAGGAGGGAUUCAUCAGAUUCAAAGAAAGACGUUUCCAUCCAUCUCUCAAACUGUCUCGCCGAUUCUAUCCUCACUCCCAAAACAUGGAUGGAUUUUUUGUGGCCAAGCUAAAGAAGCUGUCUAACGCCAUCCCCAGCGCACCGAGAGAAAGAGAAGAUGAAGAAGAAUCUUCAAAAACGGAGACCGCAGCCUCGUCCGAGCAGAUCCAGAAACCAGAGUCUAAGCAACAGAAGCCCAAUUCAACGCCAGAGAAAAGCAACAUGGGCCAGAAGCAGAAAUUAAAACUGAAAAAAUCUGAGACGCCCAUCAUCACAAAGAAAACUGGAGUGAAAGCUGAGAAUAAAAAACCCAAUGGUCCCAAAAAGGCCAAAAUUGCUAAGUUGGAUGGUGAAACAUCCAAAAAGAAUGAGAAACCUGACAAAAUGCAGAAGGUAAAGGAACUGAAUGGAGAUUCAACAAAAGAGGUGGUGAUGGAGAAGAAAGAGGGGAGCCAGUUUGAGAAGAAGAACGAAAUGAAAAGAAAGAACUUGUUGAAGAACAAUACAAACAGAAUGGGGAAAAACAAGUUUAGGAAGUUAAAAAGUAUGGUUGGACAGUGAAAGUGUUUAUUGACAUGGACCUGUAUGUUCAGGACUGGGAUCUUCAUUGACUCGACACAAGACAGGAAGUUAAACCAAUCCCAGCUUGCUGUCAGGGACUGAAGCAUCAUCCUUUAGAAACGUACACAAUGAUUUUGUGUAUCUUGCUUCUCAAGACUUUUGUUAUGAAAUGUUAUAAAUGUAUAUUUUAGUGUCCGUUUUUAUGGAUUUUGUUUUGAAAAAGAAACUUUUAACUGAAACACUGCAAAGGGAUGCGAGUAUGUGGUCUGUUUUCCUGUAAGAUUAAGCUUUUUUCUUACAUCUAUUAAAAAGAAAGAUAAAAAGA